CACUCUCUCUCUCUCUCUCUCUCUCUCUCUCUCUGUGUGUGUGUGUGUGUGUGUGUUUAGGCUAGCCUGGACUCUCUCAGCCUCACCUGCCAGACAACACCCAUUCCCUCCGCGCCCUGCUGGCUCUAGUCUCUGGAAAGCUCCAUCUCCAACUUGGGCAGCCCAGACAAUGCCUCCUAACCUCACUGGCUACUACCGCUUUGUCUCCCAGAAGAACAUGGAGGACUACCUCCAAGCCCUAAACAUCGGCAUGGCUCUGCGGAAGAUAGCCCUGCUGCUCAAGCCAGACAAGGAAAUUGACCACCAGGGCAACCACAUGAUAGUGAAGACCCUCAGCACAUUCCACAACUACAUUCUGGAAUUCGAGGUGGGCGUUGAGUUUGAGGAGGAUCUAAGGAUCGUGGAUGGACGAAAAUGCCAGACCAUUGUAACCUGGGAGGAGGAGCAGUUGGUAUGUGUGCAGAAAGGGGAGGUCCCCAACCGAGGCUGGAGACACUGGCUGGAGGGAGAGAAGUUGUAUCUGGAGCUGACUGCAAGGGAUGCAGUGUGCGAGCAGGUCUUCAAGAAGGUCAAGUAGCCAGAGAGGCACUGAGGUGCCCCUCCAGACUGCACUGGUCCCCAGACUCCUCUUGCUCAUACCCCUUGAAGCCCAAAGUAUCCCAGGUCAGCAGUCCCUUCCUUGGGUCCCUCCUCCCCCCUCCCCAUGUUAAUCUAUAACUUGCAGCCCCCGGGCCAAAGUCCUUUUCCUCACACUCCAUUGCCCAACUACGGCCUCAGAUCCAAUUCCUGGUGUGGCCUCCUGGAUGAAAGAACCAGGCAAAGGGGAAAGACAACUCGAGAACAAGGAUCUCAACUGUCUUUAGUUCAUGUGGUCCCUUAUCUUCCAUCUAAGAAAGAACUGAGCUUGGAGCAUUUGGGGACAAGUGAGAAUUCAGUCCUGGUAGAACUUUUGGAAAACUGACCGGGGUUCAAGAUUUUAAACAGGAACUACUGGUAGAAUCUCUUGUGUGUUUCCUGUCCUUAUUUUCCAGAAAGCCGCAUGUGCUCAGCAGAACCAGGCCCAAGGCAAGCCCUCACCCACACAGAGUUCAACAGACCUGGCUAUCUCGUAUUUCCAUGCUACAUUUUGAGGAAGUGGGAUGGGACAGGGCGAGACCUUUGUCUAGUGCUGGAGGAGGUUAUGAAGCUUCAGAACAGUGACCGGGCUUCCGUAUCUGCCUUGGGGAGGAUAGGCAGCAAGAAGGCUAGAAAAGAUUGAAAGGAGAGACAGAUGGAAAACACAUGGCCAAGGCUAGGAAGGUGAGGGACAUGGGGGUAUAAAGGCAAAAGCAGGGAGAAGAAGGACAUGCCUGGUUAUAGGGACCCUAUGCUUGAAGGGCAGCAAGGCUGGAACAGAGGAUAAGAGGGAGAAGGGAGAAGAGCAAGGCCCCUCCCUAAGGGUCCCAGAAUACCCUGGAAAAGAGCCCAAAGGGCAGGGCCAGUUCUGGGUCAGAGCCUUUGGACACCUCCCCACCUCCAGGGGCAUUGGUCCUUUCAGAAUAAAAGUCCUGUGGGGCAAGAGUCAGGGAGAAGAGGGCUCAGUGCGGGAUGGGGUCAGAGCCUGACUGUGUGGGAGGUAGGGAUUGCUGGAAAGUCCCUGGCCUGUGCUUAUUACAUGAUCACCCCCCCCCUUCCUGCAAUGGUUAAACCCCUACAUGUUCAAGAAAAUCACUAGUUUGGAAAACACUGAUCUUACUAGACGUCCUAAAAUGAGUUUGGAAAAGGAAAAGAAAAGAAAUCAGAGUGGAGCUGAAUAGCUCAUUCCCUGCCAGUCUCUCAGCAUAUGUUCCCAGUGGAGUGGGGAGUAGAGAGCCCUCCUCUGGACAGAGCCACCCAGCAGGAGCUCUGGAGACUGCUGGAUCCUACCUUGUCCCUUUUCCAAGGCACAGUGAAGCCAAAGGAAGAUGCUCCAUGUAUAGUUACCCAUUGCCUAAGUCACGAGGGCAAUGCUUUGUCCUCGCCCCUCUGAGUUCAGGGUGCGGGUUCAAGCCUCUCCCCACAGGACUGUGCUCUGUGCCCUUCAUGUUGGCCCAGCGCUCCUUGCUGCAGUCUUGCCAGAGGACCUGACCCGGAAGCUUGGAGGCCCUCAUGGUGACUGUCAGGUCCGAUCUAAACCCUUUCAAAUCUCCCGUGACA